UCGACACUGUUCGGUCGUUUUUCGCUCGCGCAUCCCAACAGCAGGAUCGUUUGUCUAACAUUCUGUGGAUCAAUGUUUCUAUUUUUUGUGCUGUGUAGAGGUGGAUAGCUUAUCUUAAAAAAUGUGCCCUUACGCAAAGCUUGUUGCUCAUUGCUACCGAUGUGCAGUGGAGCUAUGCAAUUAUAAAUAAGUUUAAAAGUGCAAUACAUACCUCAUGUACGCUAAUUGGUGUCUGUGAAAAUUAUGAGUGAAUGUGACCAUAACGAAUAAAAGAUAUUUAACAGUGCCAGUUGGAAUAAUAGUGUAAUGUGGUAUUAAUCGCUUCCCUGGAAGUGUAAAUCGAUACAAAAAAAGAAGUAAAAGAAUUGUGCAAAGCAUGUGUUGUUAAGCAGUGCGUCCUUAUGAAACUUUUUGAAGUGACAAGUGCACAACGGAUUCUAUUGCUGACGGCCCAUUGCACAUCUCGACCACCUCGAACCACCACCUCAGGAAUGAAAAUGAGUCAGCUGGGAACAGUUUAUGCCACCAAAAGGAGGCGCCGCAAUGGCAAAAGCAUUAAGGCAACUCCGAAAGAAGGCAUCACCAAGAGCAACCCCUCCAAGCGACACCGAGAACGGCUGAACGCGGAGCUGGAUCUUCUCGCUUCGCUGCUACCAUUCGAGCAGAACAUUCUGAGCAAACUGGAUAGAUUAAGCAUUCUGCGGCUCUCGGUCAGCUAUUUGAGGAUUAAAAGCUAUUUCCAAGUUGUCAUGCACAAAGAAAAGGGCGAAAACGGACUGGUGUCACAUUCUGCAUCCGACGAAAGUUAUCGUGCGCGAGAUUUUACGUCCUACGAUCACAGCUUCAUCGUCGACAGUGAUAUGUUCUUGCAGGCAUUAAAUGGUUUCAUAAUGAUUUUAACCUGCGAGGGUGAAGUGUUUUUUGCAACACACACCAUUGAAAGCUAUUUGGGAUUUCAUCAGUCCGAUAUCAUUCACCAAUCCGUAUACGAGCUGGUACAUUCGGAGGAUCGAGAAGAGCUGCAGAAGCAACUGUUGUGGAACUCCUUUCUACCGGCCGAUCUCUCCGGCAUUCAACUAUCGGAGGCAUUGGUGCCGGAAAAGGACAAACUGCUGGAGCGAAGCUUUACCGUGCGGUUUCGCUGUCUGCUGGACAACACAUCCGGCUUCCUGCGCCUGGACAUAAGGGGUCGGGUGAAGAUAUUGCAUGGCCAGAACAAGAAGAACGAGGAGCCACCACUUGCGCUGUUUGCCUUCUGCACACCGUUCGGACCGCCCAGCCUGCUCGAGAUUCCACCCAAGGAGAACAUGUUCAAAUCGAAGCAUAAGCUAGACUUUUCGCUCGUUUCCAUGGAUCACAAAGGAAAAAACACACUCGGAUACUCCGAUUCCGAACUAGCCAACAUGGGCGGAUACGAUUUGGUGCACUACGACGAUUUGGCGUACGUGGCCAGCGCUCAUCAGGAAUGUGAGUGUACCACCGAGUCGAGCAAUCACCGGGUCGAGCGUGUUUUAUACUCUCCAUACAUUCACUGCAUUUCAGUACUGAAAACGGGAGCCUCGGGUAUGAUUGCUUAUCGCUAUCAGAAGAAGGACGGUGCUUGGCAGUGGUUGCAAACGAGCUCUAGGUUGGUGUAUAAAAAUUCUAAGCCCGACUUCGUCAUCUGCACCCAUCGUCAGCUAAUGGAGGAGGAAGGCCGAGAUCUGCUGGGCAAGCGUACGAUGGACUUUAAAGUAAGCUAUCUGGAUGCAGGCAUCUCGUCGACCUACUUCGAAUCGGAUCAACUGAUCGUCAGCUCGAACAACAGCAGUGCACCGAGCUCGCCGACGACCUCCCAACAGCGUGCCAACCGGCGUUAUAAAACACAGCUUCGCGAUUUUCUCUCCACCUGCCGCCAUAAACGCAAAAUGCCCAACCAGUGCGCUGCCGAACAGGUUUCUCCUAGCGUCGCGGUCGUGGAUUAUAUUCCUGGUGGGCCGCCAGGUACGGCGGCAGCGGCUGCUGCGGUGGCCGCGGCUGCCUACUCGAACAGCAUCAACAGCGUUUAUUCGCCGGCAGCCCACUUUCCCGGCACCGGACCGGACAACGUGUACAUGGCCGGGCCAGUGCAUUCGACGAAUUUUUACCCGAUGCCCGAUAACCUUUUCCACCAGUAUCGGCUGCAAGGUGUAAGUGGCUACUAUCCCGAGUAUCAUACCAGCACUAGUGCAUCCACCUUUGUUCCUACUAACGGGCUUAUUCCGUACGACAGUUAUGGAAUCACUAAAGAGGACACCAUGCGGUGGCAUGAGGGGACAAAGAGCUACGGUGUUGGCAGCGAGUCAGGACAGUCGCACCCGGCCAGUAACGAAUCUUCCCAACAAGCGGAAGCGCCCGGCGGAUGUGCCUCGAGCGAAGCCACCUAUCUUGUCGGUGGCUUCGCAGCCGCACCCGGUACCGAUCCGAGAUCCCCUCAUGUCCCGAAAGGUUCGUGCCAGCAGGGCAAGAGUGUGUCCCCACACUCAACCGAGGAGCUAGUCGAUCCUUGCUGUACCGUCGAUGGUAAUGCCACACCGACCAAAGAUGCGCUAGAGCGCCACACGCACCACGGCAGCCAACCGUCACAUCAUGGGCCGCAAAGCACACAGCACCAUCAUCCCGGUGCUCAUCACCAAACGGCCCACCAUCACUCGCACCACCAUCAUCAGCAGCAGCAAGCUCAACACCAACAUGCAGUGCAGCAUCAUUCGGAUAUUCAGCAGCUUCAUCCGCAUGCGCAUCAGCACUCGCAUCCAUCGAACCGCCAUCGGAACGGUGAUGGGUCGGACGAACACAAACUGGGCUGCGCCAAAUCUUCGGCAUCCUCCUCGCCCAACCGCCACAACGAACCGCAGCGUCAGACCGUUCUCAUGUGGGGUACGUCUUGCAAUAGCAGCGCCAUCAGUGGCAACGGCGAUCCGCAUGCUAGCAGUAGCAAUGGCUCGCCCUCGUACGAUUAUCUGGAUUCCGCGGGCAGCUUCAGUCUCGUGAAUCUACCGAAAGCCACAUCCGUCGGCACCGCCAUUAGUAGUAACGAUCUAACGAACAGUAAUGCUACUAACUCUCUCAACCCGAGCGCCACCAUCGGCGACCCUACCCAUCAUCUUCCCGACCCAUCUACUUCUACUAACAAUCCCAACCAAACGCAUUCCGCCACCUGCGAUCCAUCGUCGCAAACAUCCGGCGAGACGAUCCUGGAGUCGAUCGAGAGCAACCCCCGCGGGGUGGCGAAAACAAUCUUCACGCACCUAGCGCUUGCUACCAAAGCGCCGCAAUCCCUGCAGCCUGCCGAUUCCUCCGGCGAAUCGAACAACGCUUACAGCGGGAAACCAUCCAAACUCUAUGCUAACCAUUCUAACCAACAACAACCACCACAGCAACCGACGCAGCUGCCGCAAGCCACGGAACCGCUCGCGGAUGGACCGGCUGUCGUUUCGAUGGAUCCUAACAAUGCUAUUCCCGCUUCCGCCGAUACUAAAUGGUAUUGCACCGACGAUGCAUAACUCUCACUCGCGCUCUAGGACAAAGUACUAAUUAUCGUUUUGCCACUAACGCAUGCAGCCCGCGCAACUGACGCUACUGCCGCUAGUACUGGUGUCGUGUAACGUCGUGUCGACUCUGUUUCGCGCUUGACAAAUGAUUGGCCGGUCCGAGUACUUAACGCCAUUGCACCACCGCAUCCUUAAAAGAGCAAACUGCGCCAAACUGUAACUGUAAACACUCAAAGGGAAAUGGCAAUACUAACAAUACUAAGAGGUGAUGCCCGACACAAACGAUACACAACCGAUCGGACCGAUGCCUUCGAUGUUACUAAACGAGAGCGAGCAAAAUUGCACUGCUGAUCGUCAGCAAUAUUCUACCCCUCGGACGUGGAGAUUGUUUUUUUUUAUCGAGAAAAAGCCAAUGUCAAACGAGUCAGUAGUGCGGUUGUAACUUUAAUGUUCGCAUCAACCUCCAACCCUGUGCACAUUUAUUCAUACAUAAUGGCAAAGGAUGAUCGGAAGCUUUCAUUCCUGGCAAAGAAUCGUCACCUGCACAUGCUGUUAUACGCUUGUCCUAAUGACUUCCUACAGUUGAUAAUUUUAUUACUUCCGUAUUUUCAAACAUGUUUGUAUUUUAAAAUUUCUUUUAAACUAUCGAUCGGGAAUAAAACAAUUAACAUAAA